GCAUAUUCAUAAUUCCACAUUUCCACAUGUCAUAAAAUACGUGUACAAAUUUACAAAUUACAGUCAUUGAAAAUUGAAGUAGUUGCUGCUAAACUGGACCAGUGGUGCUUUAUUUCAUAGUGAGCAAGUGGCAUAUGUCAUGAAUAUUUGUAUUAUUUAUAAUUCUGUGCAGGAGUUUAUCUGUCCGCCCAGCUGAUCUGUUCUGUCAAGUCUCAAGUUGAGUAAUAAUAUAAUUGGACCUAAUAAAAUGAGCGGGGAUAACUCACCCAACGGCACCGAUUCCAGACGGAAAGUGGCCCUCAUCACUGGUAUUACUGGGCAGGAUGGAUCAUAUCUUGCGGAAUUAUUGAUCGACAAAGGAUAUGAGAUUCACGGCAUAAUACGACGUUCUAGCAGUUUCAAUACUGGUAGAAUUGCACAUUUGUACGCUGACCCAAAAGGACAUCGUGAAGGGAAGAUGAAGCUUCAUUACGGAGAUAUGACUGAUAGUAGUUGCUUGGUCAAGAUAAUUGUUCAAGUUCGACCUUCAGAGAUUUAUAAUUUGGCUGCCCAAAGUCAUGUCAAGGUAUCGUUUGACAUUAGUGAAUAUACUGCAGAAGUAGACGCGGUUGGAACAUUGCGUAUCCUAGAUGCCAUUCGGACAUGUGGAAUGGAGAAAGAGAUUCGAUUUUAUCAAGCCUCCACUUCAGAGCUGUAUGGCAAAGUUCAAGAAGUGCCUCAAAGAGAAACUACACCAUUUUAUCCGCGUUCUCCAUACGCUUGUGCCAAGUUAUAUGCCUAUUGGAUUGUAACAAACUAUCGUGAAGCAUACGACAUGUACGCGUGUAACGGAAUCCUUUUCAAUCAUGAAAGUCCUAGACGAGGAGAAAAUUUCGUGACGCGAAAAAUAACCCGUUCUGUAGCUAAAAUUGAACUUGGACAAAUUCAAUGCUUUGAGCUUGGAAAUUUAAACGCAAAACGAGAUUGGGGACAUGCAAAAGACUACGUGGAGGCAAUGUGGUUGAUGCUCCAACAGGAUAAGCCCGAGGAUUUUGUGAUUGCUACAGGAGAAGCACAUAGUGUGAAAGAAUUUGUCGAAGAGUCGUUUAAGGUAGUGGGGAGAGAAAUAUCAUGGGAAGGUGAAGGAGUAAAUGAAAUCGGAAAAGAGAAAGGCACAGACAUCAUCCGAGUUAAAGUAAACCCAAAGUACUAUCGUCCUACUGAAGUGGAAUUCCUCUUGGGUGACCCAACUAAAGCAAAGGAAAAAUUUGGAUGGAAAUGCAAAGUCGACUUUCUGGCCCUAGUCAAGGAUAUGGUUGAAUCUGAUUUGGAGUUGAUGAAGAAGAACCCAAGUGCCUAAUGUUUUUUACAAUCUGAUAAUCGUUUUCUGCUUUAAAUUUUAUCAAUUUGUUUUAGUUUUCCAAGACAUUCCAUAUUUCCGCACACAGUAUAAUUUUAUGGUUUUUAAAAAUGCACCGUGAAUUUCUACGUAGUGAUACAUGUUUUGCAAAUCGUCAAAUUUUUUCACUUUGUGGAAUUGUCUCGAAGUAUUAUUAUGAAAACUGUAUUUAACAUACGUACUGUUAAAUAAUAAUAAAGUCAAGCCGCACAUCUAAUUUGUCAAUGCA